GUUCUUUUGACGAUGAAAAUAUUUCUAAAGUUUUUGGUUUUAUUUGCUAGUGUUUAUGGUUGCUUUUGCCAUAAGGAGGAAAAAGAUGAUGUCAUUAGUACAUUCAAAAACAAAGCCAUAAGGAGUAAAUCAAGAGCAGAAAUCUAUAGAGAAACUACUAAAGAAUUUUGGAAACAUGAAGCUAUAAAGGCUGUUAAAGACAGAUUAAAGAGACGUUUGAAUUUUAAUACAGCCAAAAAUGUAAUAUUUUUAAUGGGUGAUGGAAUGUCUAUUUCAACAAUAUCAGCCACAAGAGUCUACAUGGGAGGCGAAGAAAUGUCUUUGGCUUUUGAUACUUUUCCUUAUACAGGACUAUGCAAGACUUAUUGUGUAGACAAUCAAACUCCAGAUUCGGCCUGUUCAGCUACAGCCUAUUUGGGCGGUGUAAAAGCCAAUUUGGGUACUAUAGGUGUGACAGCUGCAGUACAGCCUAAGAAUUGUACAGCUGCCAGAUUGAAGGAAAAUCGGGUAGAUUCGCUUGCCAGGAUUUUUCAGUUGGAUGGCAGGAAAACGGGACUCGUUACUACUACUAGGGUCACUCACGCUUCACCAGCAGGAAUUUACGCUCAUACAUCCAAUCGUCACUGGGAAAGCGAUAGUGACGUCAUAAAAUCUGGCAAAAACCCAUCUGAUUGUGAAGAUAUCGCUCAUCAACUUGUAUUUGGCGAAACUGGACAAAAUUUAAAUGUGAUUUUGGGAGGUGGAAGCAAAUAUUUUUUACCUCAAACUGAUGAGCAAGGCAUUAGACUAGACCAAGAAAAUCUCAUAGAAGAAUGGCAAAAUAUUAAGAAAAGGCAAAACAAGAAGUUUGAAUAUGUUUGGAAUAAGAAGCAGCUAAUGACUGUUGAUAAUGUUACAGAUUAUCUGUUAGGUUUAUUUAAUUCUGGCCACAUGGACUACAAUUUGGACAGAAACAAGGAAACUGUACCGUCUUUGGAAGAAAUGACUGAAGCAGCAAUAAAAAUUUUAAGCAAGGACAAUACAGGAUAUUUUCUGUUUGUAGAAGGUGGCAGAAUAGAUACAGCUCAUCAUUUCAAUUUGGCCCGAAAGGCCAUCGACGAAACUGCAGAAUUUUCAAAAGCCAUACAAAAAGCUGUUGAUUUGACCAAUCAAGAAGAUACCCUUAUAAUUGUUACAGCAGAUCACGCACAUACAAUGAGCUACGCAGGCUAUGCAGAAAGAGGCAGCGACAUUUUUGGCUUCGCUGGUACAGCCUCAGACAAUCUUCCUUAUACGAUUUUGAAUUACGCCAACGGGCCUGGAUAUAAGCCAACUAGACAAGUGCCUACAAUAACUGAAAUUGAAAAUAAAGAUUUUGUAUGGCCAGCAACAGCUCCACGUCAAAAAGAAACCCACGGAGCUGAAGACGUUGGGGUUUAUGCAAAAGGGCCUUGGGCCCAUUUUUUUACAGGGGUUAUGGAACAGAAUGUUUUGCCCUAUUUGAUUACGUUGGCUUCUUGUAUCAAUCCUGAUUUUAGUUGUAAGGAAAUUAAGCCUAAAUUUGCUUAAGUUGACUGUGAUAAUUAUAUUUAUUUAAAUUGUAUUUUAUUUAUUUAUAUACCUACUUAAUAGUUAGUUUUUCCAUGGAAUAUAUAUUUCUCUUUUCUUUAAAUUCAAUUUUCAAUUAUUCCUGGCUCUUGAAUUGGUGUUUCCAUCAAAAUUUCCUAUUAUAGAAUAAUCAAGGAACAGUCAAAAUCCUGGAAUAAAAUUUCUUUUCAUAAAAGAAACAUUCAAGAGCCUGGAAUAGAAAAAACAAUGAUUAUUAAAAUAACGUUGAUAUACAUUUUUACCAUGCAACAAUUCAAAAUUUUUACAAGGACCUUCUGCAAAGACUCUUCAAUCAGGUAAAUUUUUUUUGAAGAAGAAAGUUGGUUUAAGAAACUUGAAAUCAGGAAAAUGUUUGUAUAGAAAUUUUCUAUAUAGAUGAUUGACCAAUUUUUUAAAUAAAUAGGUACAGGGUGUUUUUUUUUAUAUAUUAAAAAGUGUAAAUACAAAAAUUGUACAGUUUUGGCUGAAUUCGGAGAAAUCAUGGUCAAGAACAAAAUUUGAAUGUCAGAAAUGUAAAAUUUUGCAUGCUUUCAGCUUUUUUCAAAUGGGAUAUAUAGUUUGUCUAUAUUGAACAAUUUCUCAUAUAUUCGGAUCCAAGAAUUGUAAAAAUACUAUCCUACUACAGAUUUUGUGAACCAUUCUACCUAUACAGGUGAAAGCUGCAGGUAAAAUUUGAGAUACCUAUUAUCCGUUCACAAACCUUUCAAUGCUAUUUGAUAGGGAAAGGUGAUAAAUUUACCUGCACCUGUGGACAUCGGAUUGUGAACAGGAUAUACUUGGUUUUCCUGAUAGUAUUUUUAAAAUUUUU